AUGACGUUAGAGCAAGUGGAGGCUAACCAAGCUACCAUGAGGUCAGACAUCAAUACGAUCCAAGAGAAGAUGGAUCAACUGCUGGAAACAAUGCUCGCCAUCUCCCAGAGAGAGAGGGUUGCAGACGCAGAAGAUGAGGCUAGAAGGAAUGAUAACCCAUCAAGUUUGGUCCACCAAGAUGAGAGCUUCGUCCAUGCCAAGAAGAGUCUGGUUCAUAUACCAGUAGGAAGCAAAGGAGAGGGGGAUCGUGUAGAGCCUUCUGAGGCGCCUGCUCAUUAUGGGUCCGAAAUGGGAGAUGACCCAUACGAAGCUUUCUAUGUGCCUGAUCAUCCGAAGCCAAAGAUACUUCCUGACCCUGCUGCAGAUAGGCUUCGUGCCUUGGAGAAGAAGAUCAAAGCCAUCGAAGGGAAUAAUAUCUUCGGUGCCUCUGCCAUGAACAUGCGCUUGGUAUCAAAUUUGGUCAUUCCGGCUAAAUUUAAAACUCCUGAUUUCGAGAAAUACAAAGGCCAGACUUGCCCAAGAAGUCACCUAGUGAUGUAUUUCAGGAAAAUGGCUGCUCAUACCGAAAACGACAAAUUGCUCAUACACUGUUUCCAAGAUAGUUUGAGUGGAGCGUCUCUAAGAUGGUACAUGAGCUUAGAGCAAGGGCGGAUUCAAAGUUGGGAAGAUUUGGCUGACGCAUUUCUCCUGAGCAGCGCAACAUCCGAUUUUGCACAUCUGGUCACAAUCGGAGACCGCAUAGAAAAGGGUCUGAGGGAUGGAAAGAUUUCAGGAGCCGUGGCAACCUCUAGCGGACCGAAAAAGUAUUCUGGAGGCUUUCAGAAGAAAAGAGAGGGUGAAACAAACGCUGUAUCUAGAGGCUAUAAGGGGAAGCAACAGGCUUCAUAUGGCCAAGUCGCUGCCGUGGUACCCAUACCCUAUCAACAACCCAUACAACAACAACCAAUGUAUCAACCACAUCAUCAACAACCUCGUCAACAACAGAAUACAGCACCACCAAGACAAUUCAAGCCAAGGCCUCCAAGAAGGCAACUUGACCCUCUACCAGUACCUUAUAGCCAAAUAUUCCCAUAUUUGCAAAAGGAGGGCCUUCUGACAUUGAGGGAGCUGAAACCGGCUGUUUUUCCAUAUCCACCAGGAUAUGAUGCUAACGCCCAUUGUGAAUUUCACAUGGGAGCGCCCGACCAUACUCUGGAGAAUUGUUUUGCAUUCCAAAAUAGGGUACAAGACCUGAUUGAAGCAAAAGUUGUUACUUUCACUCCAAGACGCCCGAACGUGAACACUAAUCCCAUGCCAACACAUGGAGAUGCUUCCGUCAGUGCCAUUGAGGAGAGUGAUCAGGGAGAACUGAUUCUUAAGGUUGAAGAGAUUCAAACCCCUAUCACCAUGAUAGGGGCACAACUGCUAAAAAGUGGUCUAGUCCCAGAGGAGCUAGUCAAUAAUGAGAAUGAUAAAGGGUUGAGGAAUUUUAUACAACAAAUGCUGGAUCAAGGCGAAUUACAGAUAAAUCGCCGUGUUAAGAACAAGGGAGAGGAGGAGAUAGCCGUCGUGGUGGACAUCCUCUAUGAUGAGGUUAACGUGGACAUCCCUUUUGAUGAGGUUAACGUGGACAUCCCUUUUGAUGAGGUUAAUGUGGAAAUCCCCAUAAACCCAUUGGUGAUAGAGUUUCCAACACCGUUCGCAUAUGAGGAUGAGAAGGCGGUACCGUGGAUAUAUCAGCCCAGAGCUUUUAAGCAAGGGCAGGAAGACCGACCCGUAGUAAUCAAUGAACCAAACGUUACCUCAAUUGUGGGGCCAGCCGGAAUGACGCGCAGUGGCCGAGUGUUCGCGCCAAGGGCUGUUGAUGCUUCUACAAAAGCCAAAGGGAAAGAAGUUUCUACUCCUGUCCAAAUCCCUGUCCCUAGUCGAGAAAUGCAAGAAAUGCAUCUGUCGCCUAAAGCUCCGGUCACUCGUGAUGAGGCUGAGGAAUUUCUAAGGAUAAUCAAGAAAAGUGAUUAUAAAGUGGUGGACCAACUGAAUCAAACACCUUCAAAAAUCUCCAUGUUAUCUCUGUUGCUCAACUCAGAAGCACACAGGAAUUCGUUAUUGAAAGUGUUAAGUGCAGCACAUAUCACGAAAGACAUAACGAUAGAACAGUUUGAUGAUGUGAUAGCGUGUGUAACCACUGGAAAUUUUUUGGGGUUUAACGAUGAUGAACUGCCAGUUGAGGGAAAGAACCAUAACAAGGCCCUACAUAUCUCCUUGAAAUGCAUAGACACUAUACUAUCAAGGGUAUUAGUAGACACGGGUUCCUCACUGAAUGUCAUGCCAAAAACCACUUUGAUAAAGCUGCCGAUGGAGGGGAUGAAUAUGAAGCCCAGUACCCUAAUUGUAAAAGCAUUCGAUGGCUCAAGACGAGCAGUGAUAGGAGAGGUUGACCUACCAAUCAAAAUAGGCCCAACUUUCUUCAAUAUCACAUUCCAGGUUUUGGACAUACAUCCCGGUUAUAGUUGCCUACUUGGAAGACCAUGGAUCCACUUUACAGGUGCCGUCACCUCCACUUUAAACCAAAAGCUAAAAUUCAUUACCAAUGACAAGAUGAUUGUGAUUGGAGGGGAGGAGGAUAUCUUGGUUAGCCACUUAACAUCUUUCCGAUAUAUCGAGGUGGAUGGCGAGAUAACCGAGACACCAUUCCAGUCCUUGGAAGUGGUAAAUAUGAUGGCUGUCCAACAGACAUUGGAGACUCCGAAGUCAGGACCGUCCAUGGCCUCGUGGCAAGGAGCUAAGGCUGUGAUGGAAAGCGAAAGUGCUCAAGACUGGGGCAAAGUGGUGGAAGUGAACCAGAAGCGAGACAAGUUUGGGUUAGGGUAUGACCCAUCGUCAAUUGAAGCCGGUAACCAACAUGAUAAAGAGAAGAUUCCUCCUGUAGAGGAGAUGUUCACUAGUGCUGGCCACAUUUUUGGCAAUCAGGUGGCAAUGAUCAAUGUUGAAGAUCACAAGGAGGGGGUGUCUAGCUGGAUACGACAGGCCGCGCCUAAUGAAGAGCUGACAAACUGGAAGGCUGUGGAAACAGUCUUGGAUACAGUUGGGAUAUUAUUCCUUUAA